AGGGCGGUGCACUACUUUCAGGAAACAAGUGUGAAAGUAAUUUUUGUAAUAUCACGCUGGACAGUUUGCCGAAUCUGUCGGCAAUAACUAGACGUGCUAGAGUCUCAGUAAAGCGGUCAUGGAGUCGAGUGCUUACGGGGCUUCGUUGGCCGGUGGGGCCUUUGAUUUCUGGAGCUUUAUAAAGCAACCGCAGACUAUCGCCAGGCUGAUCAGUUGGCUCUUCUCCGUAGUGGUGUUCGCCACCAUCCUCUCUGAAGGAUACAUCAAUGAGACGACUCACGUGGAAACUAAAUGCAUGUUUGAUGGGAAUGACAGUGCUUGCAGCUAUGGGAUUGCUAUCGGGAUUUUAGCUUUCCUGGCCUGUGUUGUCUUCAUUAUUCUGGAUGCCCUCUUCCACCAGAUAAGCAAUGCCAAAGAGAGGAAAUACAUUGUCUUGGUUGAUCUUGUUUUCUCUGGCGUGUGGACGUUCCUGUGGUUUGUGUGUUUCUGCAACCUAGCCAACAAGUGGUCUAAAAGCACAAAAACCGGCGUCCCAGCUGAUGCAGCUCGAGCGGUGGUGGCCUUUUCCUUCUUCUCCACGUUCAGCUGGGGAAUUCUUACUGUGUUCGCGUUUCGACGCUACCGCCAAGGGUUGGCGGAUGUUGGCCUCGGCUACAACGAUCCCGUCAGUGACCACACGUCCCCGUACCCCUCCGCCUAUGCCGGAGCUCCAGAGGGUUACCAGCAGUCCCCGUUCGCCCCCGCCUCCGCGGGAGAGAGCGCCUAUCAGCCGCCAGCUUACUGAGCGCAUUUUAACACGUCUCAAAGGCUCACCGCUGUGGACGCGUUCACACGCUCCGCAUCGUUCUUUACUUUUCCAUAAGUGACCUGGGAUUGACACUUGGUGUGCUUUGCAAGUGUGUGUUUUCAUGUUUGAAAAAGUUAUUUAUUUUUUAUUUAGAUUGGAUGCGAAUGCUAAACUUAACCCUGAGUGCAAACAAUCUUUGCACAUUUUU